AUCAAGUAGCCCGGCUAGCUCAAUCGGCAGAGCGUGAGACUCUUAAUCUCAAGGUUGCGGGUUCAACCCCCGCGUUGGGCUUUCGUUUUUACAUUUUUUACUUAUGACCCUGGCUACUGAAUUACUCUUCAUCAGCCCGAUAGGAUGAAUACUACUUACUACCGGGUUAGGGGGGAGACGGGAGGCGAGGACUCUGUACCAGCUAUCUUCACCACCUCUUCCCCCAAUAUAGAUAUCAAUGAUUGCUCUCCGUCGCCUAACAAUGCAGCACCUCUUCCGCGCACAAGUAGCCCCUCCUACGGCGGUAUAUAUGUGUGGGCGCGUAUUUCACCAAGUAAAAACCCGGGAAAGCUGAUACAUAUCAGAGCCUCGCCUGGCCGGUCUUUCACAUGUUCCAGGUGAAUCUUGAGGUGGAAUGGACGAAAGUGCAAGUGUUCUACUGCUUGUCCACCCUGUUAAAAGGUGAUUCUGGACCACCCAGUUAUCCAUCCGUGCGCACAUGGGCGCGUCCGCGCCAUGCAUUAGUACCAUGCAAGUGCAGCCACAAUGCU